AUGGAUCUCAUUCGUGCUGUGUUAAGUGAUGAUACUGGCGAGGUGAAGCGACUGCUGCGUGAUGGGAAUUAUGAUGUAAACGGAAAGUAUUUGUAUGGAUUGACUCCUCUGCACCUGGCAGCGCAGACAAGCAAUGCAGAUAUGGUGAAACUAUUCUUGGACAGCGGGGCUGACGUUAAUGCCGAGGACUGGGGUGGCAGUACUCUUUUACAUUGGGCAGAAGAUGGAGGCCAUGAAGACAUCGUGAAGCUUCACCUGGAGCGUGGAGCUGAUCCUAAUAUCACCAAUGAGGGUGGUAGAACCCCAUUACAUGAGGCAAUGCGUCAGGGCCCUGGAGACAUCGUGAAGCUUCUCCUGGAGCAUGGAGCUGAUCCUAAUAUCACCGAUGAGUGGGGCAGAACACCAUUACAUGAGGCAGUAGGCCAUGGAGACAUCGUGAAGCUUCUCCUGGAGCAUGGAGCUGAUCCUAAUAUCAAGCAUAUGGGUGGCAGAACUCCUUUACAUCAUGCAGCGCAUGGGGGCUGUAAAGACAUCGUGAAGCUUCUCUUGGAGCGUGGAGCUGAUCCUAAUAUCACGGAUAAGGAUGGUGAGACGCCUUUAUAUAAGGCAGUGUAUAAAGGACAUGAAGGCAUCGUGAAGCUUCUCCUGGAGCAUAGAGCUGAUCCUAAUAUCACGGAUAAGGGUGGCAGAACUCCUUUACAUCAUGCGGCGCAUGGGGGCUGUAAAGACAUCGUGAAGCUUCUCUUGGAGCGUGGAGCUGAUCCAAAUAUCACGGAUAAGGAUAAACUAAAACCAUAUGACUUGGCUGUAAAGAGGAACCAUGAAUACAUAAAGAUAAUGCUGCAGAGAUUUUCUUCGCCGUCGAUUCAGACUCAUCUUCUCCAAAAAGUAAUCACUGCAAUAAGUGAACAAGUGUACGUGGGAGAUAUCCGCUUCCUUGCUCGAAAGCAGCUUGGAAUACUGAACGCAAAGCUGGAGAACAUCAGACGUCAGAAUCCAAAUGAUGCACAGGAGGAAGCAUUCCAGAUUCUGUGGGAGUGGAUGAAAACAAAAACAGGGGUGACAGUUCAUAACCUUUUUAAGGCGCUGAAGGACCAACAGUUGAACGAGUGUCUGGACCAAGUCAAGAAUGAAUAUAUUACCCUAACGGAAGAAAUAUUGGCCAAGCCGGAUGAUGAGUUCAAAACAUUUUGUUCUUCUCUUGAGUGCACAGACGGUGUAACAUUAUCUGAUAUGAAGAAGAUAGAUACGAUAUGUUACGUCUCUGAUCACAUGAGAUAUUUGGGUUUGCCACUUCAAAGAUUCAACGCCAAUGCUAAAGGACGUAUGGCCGUAUUUCGUCUUGAAUGGAUGGGCAACUACGAAACCCCGGCUACGUCCGAUUGA